AUGGCUGGGAAUCUGAACGGAUCUGAAACCAGUUGGGAGAGUGCUGCCCACAGCAGAGGCCACAACGGCAGACGGAAGCUGUACUUGAAAAGGAGAAGCCAUGUUGUGCACUUUCUGCGCUACAACCUGAGCCUCCAAUACCUCCAGUACCACCAGCACAAAGCUGAGCUUCUGAGUAAGUCUUCCUUUUACUUGAAGAUUGAGCCCAGAUACGUGCCAAUAGAUGAGAACCAUGAUGCGGCUUGCAUUGACAUCCUGGAACUAGUAGACCACUGCCGAUUCCAGAGGGUGAAGAACUUGGGAAAAAAACAGGCUGAGAUCCAGCUGUCACUUUUAACUGAGCUGUUAGAACAUCUGGAACGAGGUCGGGAGGAGCUGAGCUGGUACGUAGAGACCUGUGACGCGGAAACUUUCCUCUCCCGGUGGGACUUGAUUGAGCAGAAAGUGGGGAAGCUCUGCGAGUCUAUGAAAGCUCUCGUUUCCUUGAGAGUGCCAGGAAAUCUCUAUGUCAAGGACCAGUUGGUGUCAAACACAGCUCUUGAAAGUGCUGAACUCCCCGACAUCAGGCUUUCUCUCUGCACCAAGUUCCCACUGAUUUUCGAUCGGAGAGAGUCAUUUGCCCACAAGACUUGGGCCAGGCUCAAGUGGUUUGAUGAAAAUCAAGAGUCACACGAAGAAUAUGACCUGCACUUCAAGCUACUGACAGAUGAGAGUCAGGCACAAGCGGGAUACGGUAGGAUUCAGCAAUUCACCUCCAAAGUGUGCAUAGUCCGGGACCUGGAGCCUGGCAGAUCGUACGAAUUCACAGUUCGAAGAUCAAACACCCAAAUGUUUGUCCUCGAGAAAUGGCACGACCACAUUAUACUGAAGACAAAAACUUAA